UUUCCGAACUGUGAGUGACGUUUUCCGAAGAUGACGUUUUGAGAAAGGGGGGGUUGAGUGUGUGAACUAAGCGGAGGUGAAGAAGAGGAGGAUGAAGCUGGGAGCUGAGGAUGGGAGGAAGAGUGUAGUGAGAGAGACAGGCUGGCUAUCAAGGGCUGUGUGUGCAUGCCUGCAAGUGUGAAUGCGUGAGUGAGAGAGGGAUUCGGUGGGACUUCGGAAUCGGACUGAAACAAAGACGCAUUUUAGCCGACCUCGGAAACAUUGUAACGGAAACUUUAAACUUUUACCCGCCAGAUCCUCGCCACGGUGCCGGGUCCCGGCUUUGUUUCUCGGCGGGGGAGUACUGGAAUAAAUGCAGGGAUAAAAUAGCUCCAGAUCGACAUUUUUUCACGCAAGAGGGGAAUCCCUGGGACCGUGUUUGUGAGGGGGAACGAGAGAAUGGCGGCCAACAUGUAUCGAGUUGGAGAUUACGUGUACUUUGAGAACUCUUCCAGCAGCCCCUACCUGAUCCGCAGAAUAGAGGAGUUGAACAAGACGGCUAAUGGCAACGUGGAGGCCAAGGUGGUGUGCCUGUUCCGGAGGAGGGACAUCUCUGGCAACCUCAACACCCUGGCGGACAGCAAUGCCCGAGACUUUGAGGAAGAGUCGAAACAGCCCUCCAUGACAGAACAGCAUAAACACCAGCUCAAGCACAGAGAACUCUUCCUCUCACGACAGUUCGAGUCCCUCCCCGCCACGCAUAUACGGGGGAAAUGUAAUGUCACUCUGCUGAACGAGACGGACGUUUUAACAGGCUACCUAGACAGAGAGGACUGCUUCUUCUACUCGCUGGUGUUUGACCCUGUGCAGAAGACGCUGUUGGCUGACCAGGGGGAGAUCCGCGUGGGAUCCAAAUACCAGGCCGAGAUCCCAGACAAACUCCCAGAGGGCGAGUCGGACAGUCGUGUGCAGGAGAAGCUGGAGACUAAAGUGUGGGACCCCAACAACCAGCUGAAGGACUCGCAGAUAGACCAGUUCCUAGUGGUGGCACGGGCUGUGGGGACGUUUGCGCGAGCUCUGGACUGCAGCAGUUCCAUCCGCCAGCCCAGCCUGCACAUGAGCGCCGCCGCCGCAUCACGGGACAUCACACUGUUCCAUGCGAUGGACACCCUCCAGAAGAACGGCUAUGACCUGGCCAAGGCCAUGUCGACGCUGGUGCCGCAGGGGGGCCCGGUGCUGUGCCGGGACGAGAUGGAGGAGUGGAGCGCCUCGGAGGCCAUGCUGUUCGAGGAGGCCCUGGAGAAGUACGGCAAGGACUUCAACGACAUACGCCAGGACUUUUUGCCAUGGAAGUCUUUGGCCAGUGUUGUCCAGUUCUACUACAUGUGGAAGACCACCGAUCGCUACAUUCAACAGAAACGACUAAAGGCAGCGGAGGCUGACAGCAAGCUGAAGCAAGUUUACAUCCCCACCUACACCAAACCCAACCCCAACCAGAUCAUGGCUCCUGGCAGCAAGCCCGGCAUGAACGGAGCAGCCGGCUUCCAGAAAGGACUCAGCUGCGAAAGCUGUCACACUGCCCAGUCUCCCCAGUGGUACGCCUGGGGCCCUGCCAACCUGCAGUGUCGCCUGUGUGCCUCCUGCUGGAUCUACUGGAAGAAGUACGGCGGCCUCAAGACCCCCACGCAGCUAGAUGGCGCCACAAGAGCCACCACAGACGCUCCGCCGCGCACCCACAUGACCCGGCAGGAAGUGCAGGGCAUGUCGCCGUUCACCAGUGCGGCGGGCCGUGCCAAGCUGCUGGCCAAGAACCGCCAGACCUUCAUCCUGCAGACCACCAAGCUGACGCGCAUCGCCCGCCGCGUAUGCCAGGACAUCCUGCAGCCACGACGCGCCGCGCGCCGGCCCUACGCCUCCAUCAACGCCAACGCCGUCAAGGCAGAGUGUAUGAUCAGGCUACCCAAGGCCUCCAAGGCAGCCGUGAAGAGCCGUCCCAUCCCCCGACCGUCCCUCCACAACAUCGUCAAGGAACUGGCGGUCCAGGCCCCCCUGAAGCUGAAGGCCCCUCGCAGCGCCCCCACCCCCAUCAACCGUAACCAGGGCAACCCGUCUCGCUCCGCCUCCGCCCUGCUGGGCAAGAGGCCCUUUGAUAGCGUGGCUGGCCAUCCGUUCUCGGCCAAUGGAAGGCCGUUUGCCUCGGGCAUGAGGACGACCUCUCAGUCGGUCAUCAAGCGUCAGAAGGUCAGCCAGGGCGACGCCCCCAACCCCGUGGUCUUCGUGGCCACCAAAGACACCAGGGCCCUGAGGAAGCACCUGACCCAGGCGGAGAUGCGUCGCGCGGCGCGUAAGCCCCACAACAUGGUGCGCGUGAAGCUGCCGCUGCCCCCUCGCCCGCUGGCCCUGCCCCUGCCCCUCCCCGUGCCCCUGCUGCCCUCCAGCACCAGCGAACCCAUCGUCCUGGAGGACUGAUCACAUACACACACACACACAUACAUACACACCCUUUCUCUCCCUCCCUCUCUUUCCCUCCCUCUCUCCUGUAGUCCCGGUUUCUUUCUCUCUCUCUCUCUCUCUCUCUCUCUCUCUCUCUCUCUCUCUCUCUCUCUCUCUCUCUCUCUCUCUCUCUCUCUCUCUCUCUCUCUCUCUCUCUCUCUCUCUCUCUCUCUCUCCCCCCCACUGUUUUUGUUGCUUUUCCUAUGUCUCUCUGUAUUUUUCACAUCAUUAUUUUUUUUUUUUUAAAUUCCAAACAUCUGUCACUCCGUGACUUGUCUUUCACACCUACAUACAGUAUGUUGUUGUUUUUUUGCCCUCCCCUGGCUCAAUUUUCUUUCCCUUUAUUUGGGCUAUUAAUUUGUUUUUGUUUUUUUUGUUACCUCUCCGAAAACGAGUGUGAUCAUUUUUAGACAGAAGUUACUUAUACUGUACAACACACACACACACACACACACACACACACACACACACACACACACACACACACACACACACACACACACACACACACACACACACACACGUUUUCUGCCCCAAUUCCCAAUUUCAAGUUCUAGCCAAAAGCCGUGUACAUUUAUACUCAGAGAUCUGAUCUCUCUCUCUCUCUGUCUCUCUCUCUUGCGCCCUCUCGCUCGCGCUCACACACACACUCUCUCUAACACACACUAUUUAUAGAUAUCCCCCACCCACUUCAGAUCAGUUACUUUUUAUUCCAGCUUUUGUUGUUUAAUAAUUACAUCUCCCAUUCUCUUUAAACUCCUAUCCCUCUUUUUUUCUUGAAAAAAAUAAUAAUAGUAUGGCAAAUGUUUUUAAUUGUGUAAUUUAAAUCAAGGUAAACGCUCCUCCCUCAAUUAUGGUGAUCAAGCACACUUUGUUGUUUGGUUUUUUUCCUUUUUUUUCUUUCUCUCUCUCUCCCUCUCUCUCUCUCUGAAUCUACCUGAACUUUGUAAAUACAACAUUUGUUUUUUUUCCCCUCUCUCUCCAUUCUUUUCUUAAAGCAGUGGGCUCAGGGAAGAAUGGGGAACACAGGUGUGUGGGAGAGAAUAUCCAAAUCAAGUCCAUGGUGGGGGGUGGCGAAGGGUAGAAGACUUGUGGCAUGUUACCUGUUUUUGUUUUGUUUUUACGUAUGUUGAUUUUGAUUUUUGUUCUCUUUUUAGGGGGGGUUCUGGAAAAAUUAUGAUAAUUGAUUGGGGGCUGGAGGAUUGGGUUGGGGAAUUAAAGAUGAAGCUUGUAGGAUUUUUGAGACUUUUUUUUUUUGGAUCAGGAAAGGGUUGGCGUCCAUGUUCUGUGCCGCUUCAACGGGUCCGUCUGUCUGUCUGUUUCUGUUCACCCACUCCCAUGCAGUCAGACACACGCACACACACACACACACACACUCGCACGCAUCCAACAGUUUUGGAAAAUACAUUUUUUUAAAUUAUGUCCCCUCCCCAAUGCAGUACUGAAUAAAUAAGAAAAGACCGUGUCAGGUGUCUUUUAAAGAUGUCAUUUUAAACAAGUCUGAUGCAAGUAGAUUAGGAGGCAACACAGUUCCAUAGAUGAGGAGAGAUGCAUUAAAAAAACAGUGGGCAUCUUUUACAGAGUCCUUGAAGCCCUUGAUUUUAUUUUUUAAAUUAUUCAAAGAAAAUGGUUCAGGCUAGAGAGUUUAAGGUCAAAGAGGUAGGAGAUUGUACAGGCCAAGGUCACUGUACCAGUGUUCCUGUCGUUGUCUUUUGUAAAGUGUUACUGAAUGUCAUAAUUUGGAGGGAGUGACCAUCUUCUUUUCUAUUCCCUCCUCUCUGCAUUGCUCUUCAAUGGUGCGAUGGCAUGAGAACGACAUGCACCAUCCAUGUUGGUGAUAAAACGGUCUACUCUUGGGUUCAAUGGUAAACCAGUUUAAAAGUGAACCUGGAGGUACUCGUAAAUCGCCUAAUAGAGGAGCCUGGAGUACACGCUUGCUUAACCGAAUGGCGUCCGCAGAGCUGUCUAUUAGCAGGCUUAUCGCAUUCUGUUACUGAAUCUCAAAUGGUGCACUUGUGCACUUAGGGCACUAUGUUUUAGUGUGCAACUAAUACGGCAUACGCACUGAAACAUGAACACUAAAGUGCACAAGUGCACCAUUUGAGAUUCAGCAUGUGAGUUAAGUUGGCUAAAUGUAUCACCUCGCCACGUUCUUGAAGUUUGUUCCAAGCCUUGGAGAGUGAUCCUGACCCCCAUUCCCUCUCAAAAAUUGAUUAAUUUAGUUUAGACUAGUGAUGAUGACCCAAGAGACGUAACAGGGUAGGAAGUGAUAGUUUUCAGCUAUUAGUUUUCAGCCCCCCCAUGACUCGUAAAAAAAAUUGAAGGAUGGACAAAUAAAAAAAGAAGGAAUGUAUGAACUUUUAAAAAGCUGGGUGCUGAAAUUUGUGUGAGCCCUAAUUGGGUGAAUGAAUGCUCGGCAGACUGGACAGACUGCAAACUGGCCUCCUUAGUGAAUGAAAUGGAAUAACAUCCUGGUUGGUGCCGUUGACAAAAAAAAGGUUGUUGGUUUUUUUUUUACUGUGGCACUGUUAGUGUGAAGACAAACUUUUAAAGCCAUAAGAAAACAAGGAACCAUGUUUGUGCAGACAUUGAGAGGCAUACGCUUACUUUACAUCCAAUAACAGGACGUUCAUGUAUUACGUGGUACCCAAACUGCUAUGCAGAGACCGUAGGAGAGAAGUGUGUAUUGUGACCGUAGGGAGUGUCUUAAAGUAGGCAGUUUGUUUGGUGGCUCUGAUGGUAAAAGCUGAAUUCAACUGAGUUGAGGCAUAUUUUUUAUUAUUAUGAUUAUGAUUUUUUUUUGUAAGCCCCCUCUCCCCUUUUCAUGUUGGCUUUUUUUUAAGUGUGUGGGUGAAAUUUGGACACUGAACUCUUUGAAAAUCUCUCUAGAUUUGUGGAGAAGUUUUCAAUGUGUUAAGAUGCGAUUAAAAAAUAAAAUGGUAGCCUAGUUGGACCCGAAUUGCUCCAGAUUUAUGUGGAGUUUUUGUAACAUUUCAUAUUAGUGGAAAGAAAAAAAUAAUUGAAUAGUGGACCCCAUGUACAGCAAUCACUUACUCAUGGGAAGCAGAAGAAGAAGAAAAAUAAAAACGAUUCCACGAUAUUGGACUCUCCACUGUUUUAUAAUAAAAGCUCUAGCUUGCUUUUUUUUCUUUCUGUUGUGGGGAAUUGAAAAAGAAUAAUACAAUUGUACAUGUGAACAUGGUUGCUCUCGAUGACAGACUGGGAUGGUUAUGGUUAGUUGAAACGGGUGGGACGGGAGGGAGGGACCGGCGGGAAGUAUUAAGGGUUUAGGAUUUUGUAUGUUGGAGAGAAAAAAAAUUCUGCUUCAAUUUAAAAAAAAUCUGGUGUUUUUUUUAUUAUUCCAGUGUCUCUGUAUCCUUUAAUGUAUCUUGAUAAGAAAUAAAGAUUUUUUUUCUUUGUGGUCGUA